AUGAAUGCAUUCUUCGAUGGAUAUAUAAACUCUCGUGCAUCAUUGCAACAAUUUGUUAGACAGUAUGAUAAUGCCCUCAAGGACAAAGCUGAAAAAGAAUAUGAGGCAGACUUUCGUUCUUUCCACACUGUUGUCCCUUGUGGAUCAAAUUCCUAUAUUGAGAGGCAAUUUCAGCAGGAGUAUACCCAUUCUAAAUUUAAUGAAGUGCAAGCUGAAUUUCGAGCAAAGAUGAAUUGUUAUGUCUGUAGCAUCACCAUUGACUCGCCAAUUUGCAUAUAUGAAGUAAUGGAAGAAAUGCAUGUGGUUGGGCGUCUAAAGGAAGGAGUCUUUCGAGUCGUCUUCAAUCGUAAUGACCAUGACAUCAAGUGCACAUGCUUAUUAUUUCAAUUUAGAGGAAUAAUAUGUAGGCACUCACUUCAGGUACUUGCACAAGAAAGGGUCAAACAAGUACCUUCACGAUAUCUUUUGCCUAGGUGGAGCCAAAACAUUCGACGGAAUUAUGCAUACAUCAAGUCAAGCUACCAUGUUAAACAGCUGCAACCACAAACGCAAAGAUUUGAUGAAUUGUGCAAGAAAUUCUAUAAGAUUGCGGAGAUUGCAUGUGAGACAAUUGAUGCCACAGCACUUCUAGACAAUACCAUGCGUGGUAUUCAAGAUAAGGUGAAGGAGAAGGUGAAGGAAGCUGCUGCAAAUACAAAAGGAAAAGGCCACCAUCAAGGUGACGCAGCGAGACCAGUGCAAGCUAAUUUAGGUGUGUCACUUUCAGCAGAUCAAGUGAACAUUCACAGUCCUAUAACAAAGCCACGUAGGGGAAGACCGCCAUCAAAGAGAAAAAUGUCAACUACAGAACAAGUAAUAAGGAAAAAGAGGACAAAGAAUAAUCAACAAGCAAUAGUCACAGAUCACAUUGUAGGAAUGGCCAGUCAAGAAUGCGAAUCAAGCCUUCACAUGGGACAUAGAACAGAUGACAUUGAUAGUGGAGGAUUUGAACAACCUCAUAGCGUGUUGACAGGUGUAAAUGGCAGCAGAAAUGACGGCGUAUAUUUACAAAAUUGUUCGGCUUCCGAACUGUCAGAUGGUCAUGCAACUAGCUUUUUAUCAUUACUAGAAGCUGAUGAGGGUCCUUCCUACAAUUAUUUAGACAGUCAGUCUACAGUGACCUCACAUGCAUCUCAGUUUCCUUACUUCAUAGGUGUGGACGGUCAUUUUGUUACAAUUACUAAUGUUACUAAUGAAUGA